UCUCAUCUCCAGCCCUACCUCACUUCUCCUCUCUCUCUCUCUCUCUCUCUCUCUCUCUCUCUCUCUCUCUCCCACACACACACUCCCAGAGGUAGAGAAGCCAAAAUCAUGAAGGAUCUCGACUUCAAUGCGGACAGGGCCCUCGCGAAGGAUUUUCUCGUAAACUUUGCCGGUACGGAUGGUGAGGCCAAGUACAUCAACAUUCUACAAGAAGUUGCAAACCAUAAAAUUCGUGCAAUCCAGAUUGAUCUGGAGGACCUAUUCAAUUAUAAGGACUUGGAUGAAGAGUUUCUCAGACGGGUCACUGAAAAUACCCGGCGAUACAUUGGAAUAUUUGCUGAUGCAAUUGAUGAGCUCAUGCCAGAACCAACUGAGGCAUUCCUGGAUGAUGAUCAUGAUAUCCUGAUGACUCAGAGAUCUGAGGAAGGAACUGAGAAUGCGGAUGGCUUAGAUCCACGACAAAGGAUGCCUCCUGAAAUCAAGCGAUAUUAUGAAGUGUAUAUUAGAGCUUCUUCAAAAGAACGCCCAUUUACCAUCAGAGAAGUUAAGGCUUCGUAUAUUGGUCAGCUUGUUAGGAUUGCUGGUAUUGUGACACGCUGCUCAGAUGUCAAACCAUUGAUGCAAGUAGCUGUGUAUACUUGUGAAGAGUGUGGUUUUGAGAUCUAUCAGGAAGUAACAGCUCGGGUCUUUAUGCCCCUGUUUGAGUGCCCUUCUAGACGCUGUGACAUAAACAAAACAAAGGGGAAUCUUAUCCUUCAACUCAGGGCAUCAAAAUUUUUGAAGUUUCAAGAGGCCAAGAUACAAGAGUUAGCUGAACAUGUUCCAAAGGGCCAUAUUCCACGGACAAUGACUGUCCAUUUUAGAGGAGAACUCACAAGAAAGGUAGCUCCAGGGGAUGUUGUUGAAUUAUCUGGAAUUUUUCUCCCUAUUCCUUACACUGGAUUUAAAGCAAUGCGCGCUGGCUUAGUUGCAGAUACGCACUUGGAGGCUAUGUCUGUUACUCAUUUCAAGAAAAAAUAUGAGGCGUACGAGUUUAGAGGAGAUGAAGAAGAACAAAUUGCACGACUGUCUGAAGAUGGUGAUAUUUAUAAUAAGUUGGCACGAUCAUUAGCACCUGAAAUUUUUGGUCAUGAAGAUGUUAAAAAGGCUCUUCUUCUCCUCCUUGUGGGUGCUCCUCAUAGGAAGUUGAAAGAUGGGAUGAAGAUAAGAGGAGAUUUACAUGUAUGUUUGAUGGGUGAUCCUGGAGUUGCGAAAAGUCAGCUUCUUAAGCACAUAAUAAAUGUGGCACCAAGGGGUGUGUACACCACAGGUAGAGGAAGCAGUGGAGUUGGUCUAACAGCUGCUGUUCAGAAAGAUCCAGUGACAAAUGAGAUGGUCCUGGAAGGAGGAGCUCUGGUGCUAGCUGAUAUGGGAAUCUGUGCAAUUGACGAGUUUGAUAAGAUGGAUGAAUCUGAUCGUACAGCAAUUCACGAAGUAAUGGAACAGCAAACGGUCAGCAUUGCUAAGGCUGGGAUUACCACAUCCCUAAAUGCAAGAACUGCUGUCCUUGCGGCUGCUAAUCCAGCCUGGGGAAGAUAUGAUUUACGGAGGACACCAGCUGAAAAUAUUAAUCUUCCCCCGGCCCUUCUAUCAAGAUUUGAUCUGUUGUGGCUGAUCCUAGAUCGAGCAGAUAUGGAUAGUGAUCUUGAAAUGGCUAGGCAUGUUGUCUAUGUCCACCAGAAUAAUGAGUCUCCUGCUCUUGGUUUCACUCCACUGGAGCCAUCUAUUCUUCGGGCGUAUAUUUCAGCAGCAAGAAAAUUGUCUCCCUGUGUACCAAGGGAACUGGAAGAGUACAUUGCUAGUGCAUACUCCAGCAUCCGGCAAGAUGAAGCUAAAACAAAUGCUCCUCAUUCUUACACAACAGUGAGAACUUUACUGAGCAUUCUCCGGAUAUCAGCUGCACUAGCAAGGCUUCGGUUUUCUGAAACUGUUGCUCAGAGUGACGUGGAUGAAGCACUUAGGUUAAUGCAGAUGUCAAAAUUCUCCUUGUACUCAGAUGAUCGUCAAAGAUCUGGCCUGGAUGCCAUCUCUGAUAUUUAUUCAAUCUUAAGAGAUGAAGCUGCGAGGACAAACAGAAUGGAUGUGAGCUAUGCUCACGCACUCAAUUGGAUUUCUAGAAAGGGAUACAGUGAAGCGCAGUUAAAAGAAUGCUUGGAGGAAUAUGCAGCCUUGAAUGUGUGGCAGAUCCAUCCCAACACCUUUGAUAUCCGAUUUAUCGAUGCAUAAUAAAUUGUAACUUAGUAAACUCCCAUGCAGCUGCAAUGCCUUCACUGAAACUUGGAGAGUUCUUGAUCCGUAUAUAGUCUCUAAAAAAGAUAUGCCAGUGGGAGGCUUCCAGGGAUAUUAUGGUUGAAUUGAGUCUAAAUUGAUAAUUCUUUUGGGCAAUUUGUUUAGUUGUGAAUUAUGUGUACAUUAUUUUUAAUGUGGUAAUUUAGGGGAGAUGAGUUUGUUAUGAUGGGAUGUAGGAAUGUGGAGCAUUGGUUCUGUUGGAUGACUAAUAUGAUUAUUGAAACUCAUGCUACCCUGCAA